GGCGAGUCAAGCGCCCAGGCCUCGCUCUCUCCGCAUCCGUGACCUUCCCAACUAAGAAGGUCAGCCAAGCCUCAAGUUGGGGAAACACUCCAAGUCGGGCAAGCCCCUCGGCCAACACCCACGCCGGCCAACCCUGACUCCAGGCAAACCACCUACUGUACAGGAUCUUCCUGCUCAAAUUGGCCUGUUUUUGGUAUCUGCGUGCAGCUCCACGCAUCUUGGCAACCCCAAACCAUUGCCACAGACUUCCCCGCUCCCUGAGAGUUGCAUUCGCCUGAUUUGCAGACCCCGGCUUUCUGCUCCCUCCCCCAAAGUAAAAUUGGUCCUUUUUCUCCGUCGUUCCGCCUGCUUGAUUCCAUUGUCAUCUUAGUAUAAAGUUUCCCGCUCUUCUCCCCCUCAUCUUUCAUCCCAUCUAAUUUACGGUGGUAUCCCCUUACCUCUAUCCCCUCCUUCUUCCCUUCGCCUCCUCCUCCCACCUCUUUAUAUCGUCUUCCUAUAUACACCACCACAAGAGGACAACCCAUCACACACACACACAAGAUGCCUUCCGUCUUCUCCGUGCUGGCUUCCAGCAUGACCGUGGCCACCUUGGCCUCGGCUCACAACUUUAGACGCUCCGAGCCUCAGAUGCCCGCUCAGCCCGCUAGCGCUGCCUACAACUCCAACUUCUGCUGGGGCCUCUACCCCGUUGGCGGUCCUUGCCCCAUCAAGAACGGCACCUUUGACCAGUACAUUGACCACAGCAACCCUUCGCUCGGCACCUUCAAGCAAAGAUACUGGGUCAACGAUGAGCACUAUGCCGGCCCCGGUGCUCCCAUCAUCCUCCACGGCCCCAACGAGAGUGCCGCCGAUCGCGGUAUCUGGUACUCGACCAACAUGACUGCUGAUGGCUACCUGGCCCAAGAGGUCAAGGGUGCCGCCAUUGUCAUUGAGCACCGCUACUACGGCGACAGCAGCCCUUACAACAACCUCAACUCCGAGACUCUCCAGUACCUAACCCUCGACCAGUCCCUGCGCGAUCUCGUCAACUUUGCCAAGAACGUUAAACUGCACUUUGCCAAGGACAACGGCACACACCCCGACAAUGCUCCCUGGGUCUACAGUGGUGGUUCUUACCCCGGUGCCCUCGCUACCUGGUUGCAGAAGCUCUACCCCGGCACCUUCUGGGCCUACCACGCAACCUCGGCCGUUGUCCAGCCCAUUGCCGAGUACUGGCAGUACUACACUCCCAUUGAGGCUGCCAUGCCCAAGAACUGCAGCACCGACUUCAAGGCUGCCAUGCGCCUGCUCGAGACCAAGCUCAAGAACGCGCCCAAUGACAAGGCCAAGAACGACAUCAAGGCCAAGUUUGGCCUUGCCGGUCUCGAGGAUGAUGACUUUGGGUGGGCCGUCAUUGACGGUCUCCAGAAGUGGCAGGGCCAUGCCUUCACCAAUACCUACGCCACGACCCCUCUCUACCAAAUGUGCGACUACAUGGAGGGUGUCCCCAACAACAACGCUGCUGGCGGCCCUGUUCCUGGCGAGGAGGGUGUCGGUGCCUGCAAGGCUCUCAAGGGCCUUGCCACUUGGUUGAAGAAGGUCCAGAUGCCCGGUAGCUGCAAGAACCAGUACUGGAGCGACCCCAACUCGAUUGCCUGCUGGGACCUGCACAACACCUCUAGCCCCCUCUUCACUGACCGCACUCCCCGCAACAAGUGGAACACCCAGUGGCAGUGGUUCUCCUGCAACGAGCCCUUCCAGCAAUGGCAGGCCUCUGCCCCCGGCGUUGAUACCGGUCUUAUUCCCUCUUUCCUGACCAUGAAGGAUCUCCGCGACCAGUGCGACCGCUUCUUCCCUGACGUCAACGGCAAGACUUUCGGUCUCAAGAACGGCCGCACCACCGAGGACAUUGUCAAGCUCACUGGUGGCUGGGACUACAUCAACACCACCCGUCUGGUCUACGUCAACGGCGAGUACGACCCCUGGAUCCAGGAGACUGUCUCUUCUCCUCGUCGCCCCGGCGGUCCUCUCCAGUCUACUCCCGAGGUCCCUGUCUACGUCGUUCCCAAGGCUGCUCACUGCCCCGACAUGGUCAUGGCCAAUAUCUGGGCCAACGAGGCCAACACUGAGAUCUUCCACAAGGUCUUCAAGACGCUGACAACCUGGAUUGGUGAAUUCUACACCGAGAAGGGUAUUGCCCAGCCCGGCUCCUCAUAGGAACGAGGGGACCCUAACGGGAACAUGAUGUCUUUUUUUUUAUCAAAUACAAAGCGCCGCACAUGACUUUUUCUUUAUUGUUUCUAGCAUUUUAUCUAUUUUUACAUAGUAUGGGAUAUACUGCUGCUAUUCCCGAUACCCUUUUACAUAUACAUUUGUACCAAUACAAAAAACAUGUUAAAGCAUCA